CCCGGUCGUCUCUCCCCUCCUCUUCCAUGUAUUAUUGUGGCCGCGGAGCUUCGCCGGCUGAGGCUGAGAGCUUGUUGACGUCAGCAAACUUAUCCAGCAGCUGUGGAGGAGCCGAGGAGGAGGAGGAGGAGGAGGAGGAGAGGAGGGAAGGAGCCUGCUGGAUGUGGAGCUCGGACUGUGGAGCGCUGAGGACCGUGGGCUUCUUUACUACGGGACUGUUCGGACUUCUUUCCGCUAAGAUGCAGCACUAAUGAGCACCCAUCAGCCUUUAGAUGAGUGAGACACAACAACAAAACCUGAACAUCAACAGUCCACAGUAACAGUGGAAUAUUGGCAGAUACUCAGGAGGGACCUCAGAGACGCACAAUUUCCACUAUGAACCGCGCCUUCAACAGGAAAAAAGAUAAAUCAUGGAUGCACACCCCAGACGCUCUGGCCAAGCACUACAUAGCCUACAACGCCAAGUUCCUUGGAAACACAGAGGUUGAAGCCCCGAAAGGCACCGAAGUCGUAAAGGAUGCAGUCAGGAAGCUAAAGUUUCAGAGACAUAUCAAGAAGUCAGAGGGACAGAAGAUCCCCAAAGUGGAACUGCAGAUCUCCAUUUACGGUGUGAAGAUACUAGACCCCAAGACAAAAGUGAGUCCACAGGAUGUGCAGCACAACUGUCAGCUACACAGGAUAUCCUUCUGUGCAGAUGACAAGACUGAUAAAAGGAUAUUUACUUUUAUCUGCAAAGACUCGGAGUCCAACAAACACCUCUGCUACGUGUUUGACAGUGAAAAAUGUGCGGAAGAGAUAACUCUUACUAUCGGUCAGGCCUUUGACUUGGCCUACAAGAAGUUUUUGGAGUCUGGAGGCAAAGAUGUGGAAACCAGGAAACAGAUUGGAAGCCUACAGAAAAGAAUUCAAGAACUGGAAACAGAAAACUCGGAGCUAAAGAAACAGCUUCAAGAGCUUGAAGAGCAGCUGAUGAUAGCUCACGUGCCACCAGCGGGGAGCAUCUCCAUGAAGCCACAGUCGACGGACAUUUUUGACAUGGUUCCCUUCUCCCCUGUGACACCGCUGGCGCCCACGCUGGCCAGCAACGGCUGCCCACCGCCUCCCCCGACCACAUUGCCACCAGAUAUAAGGAAAGACUUGUUUGGUGCUGAGCCAUUUGAUCCGUUCACCUGCGGGGCAGCUGACUUCCCUCCAGAUAUUCAGUCAAAGCUGGAUGAGAUGCAGGAGGGGUUCAAAAUGGGACUAACCUUAGAGGGCACCGUCUUCUCUCUGGACCCGCUAGACAGCCGCUGCUGAUGCCGAGAAGAUUGCUCCUUCAAGGCGUCCUUUUAACUCGUUUGUAUGAAGAAGUGCCAAAAUCCACUCCACGGUCGAGUCAAGAUGUCACAGUUUUCAUCUUGAGGUUUAUAUGCAUUUGCAUUUAGAUUGGUUUUUUCGAUAUUUCAAGGUAAACUCAGAUCCAUUAUAGAGAGGAACUAUUUUUGUAAAAAAGAAAUACGAAGAAAAAAACAUUUAUGGAAAGGCGUAGCUUCGACUACCUUUGCUUGCACAGGUAAUGAGGGAUGUAAAUAGUCGAACAUGUCCAAUGGUACACUCUGUGGCAGAAUUUUCAUCUGUGUGUAUGCACUGUUUGGAUUCUGUAUUGUAGACACAUUCCUGUUUGUAUGCCAAACACACAAACUGGCAAAAAAAAAAAAAGAAAUCUGCGUCGUUAACACAAACUGUCAGCUUGCCCGUAACACCACAUAUCUUAUUUUACUCCACUUUAAUUCACACAUUAUGUAAUUAAUUAAUCCAGCCUGAUGUUUUUUGACUUACUGACUUUUCUGCCUUUUUUU